CCUCCUCGAGUCCUCCGCAUCUCGCAUCCUCGCCGCGCCGGUGCUGCUGCAAUUAACGCCAACCCCCGGCCAACAACCCGAAACCUACCUCCGCCGCCGCCGUCGUCGCCGCCGCAACAUGGCGAGCCAAGGGGAGCCCUCGGCCUCUGCUUCUGAUCCGAAGGAGAAGAAGGAUUACUCGACGGCGAUCCUGGAGAGGAAAAAGUCUCCGAAUCGCCUUGUGGUCGAUGAGGCCACCAACGACGAUAACUCCGUCGUCGCGCUGCACCCUGACACCAUGGAGAGGCUGCAGCUCUUCCGCGGCGACACCGUCCUCCUCAAGGGUAAGAAGAGGAAAGACACUAUUUGCAUUGUCCUUGCGGAUGAAACCUGUGAGGAGCCUAAGGUUCGGAUGAACAAGGUUGUCCGCCAGAACCUGAGGGUGAGGCUUGGUGAUGUGGUUUCUGUCCACCAGUGCCAGGAUGUGAAAUACGGGAAGCGUGUGCACAUUCUUCCAAUUGAUGAUACAGUUGAAGGCAUUACCGGGAACUUGUUUGAUGCCUUCUUGAAACCAUACUUCCUAGAAGCCUACAGACCUUUGAGGAAAGGAGACCUUUUCCUUGUCAGGGGUGGAAUGAGAAGUGUGGAAUUCAAAGUUAUAGAGACUGAUCCUGCUGAAUAUUGUAUCGUUGCGCCAGAUACUGAAAUAUUCUGUGAUGGGGAGCCUAUUAAGAGGGAGGAUGAGGAGCGUCUUGAUGAAGUUGGUUAUGAUGAUGUUGGUGGAGUUAGAAAGCAAAUGGCCCAAAUCAGAGAGCUUGUUGAGCUUCCACUACGCCAUCCCCAGCUUUUCAAAUCUAUUGGUGUAAAGCCACCAAAGGGCAUAUUGCUGUAUGGACCACCUGGUUCUGGAAAGACUCUUAUUGCUCGUGCUGUUGCAAAUGAGACUGGAGCCUUUUUCUUUCUGAUCAAUGGCCCAGAGAUUAUGUCGAAACUAGCAGGAGAGAGUGAGAGUAAUCUCAGAAAGGCUUUUGAAGAAGCAGAAAAGAAUGCUCCAUCUAUCAUUUUCAUUGAUGAAAUUGAUUCCAUUGCACCCAAGAGAGAGAAGACCAAUGGAGAAGUAGAGCGUCGUAUUGUUUCACAGCUAUUGACUCUUAUGGAUGGACUAAAAUCUCGUUCCCAUGUUAUUGUUAUGGGUGCUACAAACAGACCAAACAGCAUUGAUCCGGCUCUUCGAAGAUUUGGAAGGUUUGACCGGGAAAUUGACAUUGGAGUUCCUGAUGAAGUUGGCCGGCUUGAGGUUCUCCGCAUUCACACUAAGAACAUGAAACUAGCUGAAGAUGUUAAUUUGGAACUCAUUUCAAAGGAUACCCAUGGAUAUGUUGGUGCUGAUCUUGCUGCGCUUUGCACUGAGGCUGCUCUCCAGUGCAUUCGUGAGAAGAUGGACAUUAUAGAUCUUGAGGAUGAGACAAUAGAUGCAGAGAUAUUGAACUCGAUGGCUGUUACAAAUGACCACUUCAAGACCGCGCUUGGAACAAGCAACCCAUCUGCUCUACGUGAAACUGUUGUCGAAGUCCCAAAUGUCUCUUGGGAGGAUAUUGGUGGGCUGGAGAAUGUCAAGAGGGAGCUCCAGGAGACUGUUCAAUAUCCUGUGGAGCAUCCAGAGAAGUUCGAGAAGUUUGGCAUGUCUCCAUCGAAAGGAGUUUUGUUCUAUGGUCCUCCUGGUUGCGGUAAGACCUUGUUGGCAAAGGCAAUUGCCAAUGAGUGCCAGGCUAACUUCAUCAGUGUCAAGGGUCCUGAGUUGCUUACCAUGUGGUUUGGUGAGAGUGAAGCCAACGUCCGUGAAAUUUUCGACAAGGCUCGCCAAUCUGCUCCUUGUGUCCUCUUCUUUGAUGAGCUUGACUCGAUUGCUACUCAGGUCUAUACACAUGUCUCACCUUGGCUCUUUUAUUAUUUUUGGUAUCAUGUUUUAUGUCUUACAGAUGUUAAUGUGAUGUUGCAGAGAGGAAGCAGUGUGGGUGAUGCUGGAGGUGCGGCUGAUAGAGUGCUUAAUCAGCUACUGACAGAGAUGGAUGGCAUGAAUGCCAAGAAAACUGUGUUUAUUAUUGGGGCUACAAACAGGCCUGACAUCAUUGACCCUGCUCUGCUGAGGCCAGGACGUCUUGACCAGCUGAUCUACAUUCCACUGCCUGAUGAGCAGUCUAGGCUCCAGAUCUUCAAGGCUUGCCUUAGGAAGUCCCCUGUGGCGAAGGACGUGGACUUGAAUGCUCUUGCUAAGUACACGCAAGGGUUCAGUGGAGCAGAUAUCACAGAAAUUUGCCAGCGUGCCUGCAAGUAUGCAAUCAGAGAGAAUAUUGAGAAGGACAUUGAGAGGGAAAGGCGGAGAAAGGACAACCCUGAGGCGAUGGAGGAAGACGAAGUGGACGAGAUUGCUGAGAUCAAGGCGGCUCACUUUGAAGAGUCGAUGAAGUACGCUCGGCGUAGUGUCAGUGAUGCUGAUAUUCGCAAGUACCAGGCGUUUGCCCAGACAUUGCAGCAGUCCCGUGGGUUCGGCAGUGAGUUCCGCUUCUCGGAGCAAUCGGCGACAGCUGGUGCUGCUGCAGCUGAUCCGUUUGCCUCUGCUGGUGCUGCGGCUGAUGAUGACGAUCUAUACAGCUAGGUGUCCUGUUGGGUUGGUUCUGGGUUGUUCAAUAUCAGUCUCGUCAGUCGUCUGUUUAAAACUGAUCAUACUUUAGACACGGAUGUCAUGAAAUGAUAUUUAUUUUCCGUACAUUUGGAUGUCGCUGAGAAUGCCCUCUCGGCUUUUGAUUAUUUCUUUCAUGCCAUAUUCUCCAUGACAUUUUCUGGGCCAUGACAUUUUAUUAAUGAUUGUUGUCAUUGUAUUGCAA